AUGUGGGUUGGGCCCGUGGCGACGAGUGAGCUGACCUGUAUCCUGCUUCCGCACCCUCUCCAAGGCCUCACCACUUCUUCGCCCUUCUCACCUCUGCCUCCAGCUCAAGCGUACAUCUGGGCUGGCGACAUGGACGCAAUCUGGCAGGAUCGAGAAUGGAGUUUCCCACAUUUCAGAGAACACCGGCUGCAAGACUGGUUCGAUCUCUUCGAUGGCAUGGAGAUGGUCGGCUUAAAAGCAUCACUCAACUGUUGGGUGACUUCCCCAACGGCCCUCCAGACGAUAGCCAAUGCCAUCAGACGCUGCGGACAAAGUGCGAACGUGUUUUUACCAAGAUCUACGAGGAGUACGCCAAACUACACCGUGUGGAAUGUUACACUUGAUGUUACUAUUCUUGAAGAGACGUCGACAAUGUCUGAUACCGAUUCGCAGGAAGAUACUGAGUGUUUUGGUGUCGAGAUUGUCUCGCCUGUUCUGAAAGUUGACUCCGACUGGGCUCGCAGCAUUGAGUCCGUGCUCGGCUCUUCUCGCCUUCCCGCUUUUGUGUCUUUGAAGACCAAUCGAUCUACUGGCCUGCAUGUGCACGUCGGUUACUCAGAUGGCUUCGUUGAUCGCUUUACGCUUGAGCAGCUCAAGUUACUUGCUGUGGCUGUUGUAUUUUUUGAAGGUACAAUCGACCAACUCCAUUCUCCAAGUCGCUCAGUCGCUACAGAAAAUCCGGAUAUACUUUCCAAUCGAAAUAACCAGCUUCUCAGAGAGCUUUCCGACUCGCAGGCGAUCGAUGUGAUUUCGAAAGCAACUAGCAUUACGGAGGUUAUUAGCGCUAUGCGUUUCGAUGAGAGUGCUGACUACUCUGGGUAUGGAGAAUCGAAAACGUUCAAAGUGAACUUUUCCAGUUUUAAUAAGUGCGGCACCGUCGAAUUCCGUCAGCGCAUUGCCACAACUGACUGCGCUGCUCUGAUUCAAUGGGUGGAAUUUAUGGUGUUAUUUGUUCAGCGGUCUCUCGAAAAGGACAUCAGCUCCUGGACUUCUAUCAGUGCCGAAUGUAAAGGAUUGUCUUACCUAUUUCUGGACUUCCUGAAUGCGCCAGCACUUUUGGAGAAAAUGUGUGGGCCGUGUACUUACGAGAUGCCUGCUUCAAUGGACCGGAACCCGCUCGGCACCCAAGAUGAUGCCGAGCAUGUCGAACUAUCGCAUGGCUGCCGUCCGCGGAAGGACUCUCCAGCAGUUCCAGAUUCCAGCAAGAAUGAACCAGUGGAAACUACCUCGAAGCGUUCGCGAUCGCAGGACAGCACACCUGAGGCACCAAAAAAAACGAUCUCGUCACGCUAG